GAGUGUGAAUUUCAUACCUACAGUCCGGAGCGCGGGACCUGUGCUCAUCGCUAGCGGAACAAUGCUGGCCAGCUGGUGAUUUUCUCGCAUCAAGCGGACAUAUGGCAGGUUGUACAUAUAGAGUCUCGCAAUCACCCCCUCUCGCUUUCCAUUUUCUUUCUUGGGUCUGAUCCACUUGGACUACAUCUUGCUGUUCCACAACAGGGCCUGAAAACGAAAGAAUGCCCAACCUGAUCUCGGGAGCAAUCGGUCAAGGAGUCGGCCUGGUAUCUGAGUACCGUAAGCAUCGUCAGGAACAAAAGCGAUCUCGAGAGGCUUCUAUCGAGGUACCGCAAGGCCCAAGUCAAGCGCAUGCGCAUAGUGACCCGCUUCCAUCGUAUGAGGACACAACUGGCCAGCAAGAAUCCGUCAGCGACCCGUUUCCACCGGAUGCAAAGGAUCCGGUCCAAUACGAAAUAGACACGGACUCAGACUACGACUCGUCCCUCGGAGAUGAUAGCGAUGAUGAGGCAUGGGCGUCGGACGAAGCAGUAACGCAUUCGGAUAGCGACGAGCCUCCAAGCUACGAGACAAUCACAGCCGACGCCAGUCGCGAAACCACAAACGAGCUUGUCCAAGAGAUCGCAGUGUCCUCUCGUUUGCAGCCCACCACCUCAAGCGGGACACCUUUCGUUCGCCAACCACUCCCUUGUCCAGUGAUUCUUCCACAGCGCCGGCCACACAAGAAAGCCCGAGGCUUUGUUCGAGCGUACGCUCCAGCUCUUGCAGAAACCGGCAUCGAUCAGGAGACGUUCCUCACGUUUCUCAAGAACUUCCACAAGUCCUCGCAAGCAUCACCCAUAUUCGACGUCAUCGGCAUAUCGGCUGGUAUCGCCGGCUUCGCGCCGUCGAUUAUCGCGAUGGUCGUGUGUGCUGCAGUGGAGGUUGGCGCCAAAGUCGGAAGCGAGAUGCGGGCUCGGUACAGAACGAACAACUUCCUCGACCGGGUCAAUGAGACACUUUUCAGACCAGCAGGACUGUUCGCCAUGAUCGUCCGCUACAAAGCUUCUGAAGCCACCGACGCUCAGCCCAUCUCGGCCGAGACCGUGAACCUCUCGACCUAUCGCGCGAUGGCCAAAGUCACAAAGCAACGCUCAUGCAAUGCAGAGGGAAAGAGCAGUCGCAGCAUGAGCGAUCAAAUGAGCAACUUGCGUGUCGCCAGCGAUACCACAAGAGGCGCCCUGCAAAUGCCAGAAGCAGCGCCCUUGAUAUAUCCUGACCUCGACCACAAACUCGCCCAGGAAGGUCCCGAAAGUUUCAAGGACAAGUCGAAGGACGCGAAGAAAUUCGUGGCGGACUACAUCGAUCGAAGAGCGCAGAUGUCGUUUGCCAAGCAAGCUCCUCCUUCUAGUCUUGUUAUCCCGCAGGGCGACUAUCAACCUCCCACUGGAGCCGCAAACGCAGAGCACGCAAUGUACUCCGGCGGCUUAGUUGCUCUCAUUUCGGGCGGGACCAUAACGCCUCGACUGAGAAAGGAGGAGCGUCGUGCCAACAAGCAGUCGGCGAAAGACAUGCGACGCAUCGCACGUGGUAGGGAGCCUCGCCAUGGGUAUGUGACCGAGUCCGCGGACGUGCAAGGUUAUGAUGGAGCAGGCUUCCGAGCAGUGGCGGGGCCUUCAGGAGGGACGUAUGUGCAUUCGGGCAAGAAUGUCACUCGGCGGGAGAGGAAAUUGAGAAAGACGGCCAAACGUGUCUUCAAGGAGGAUGUGCUUUAUUUGAUGAUUGUCAAUAUGCCGUCGGACGCGGAGCUGGAUGCGGCGAGGGAGGAAUUGGCAAGAGGGAAGGGGUGA